CCAUGUUGGUUGAGGGCGGCGGGGAGGCGGGCUCUCCUCGUCUCCGGCAGCGCGGCGGCGCCAUUUGUCGCCGCGAUCGCCGCACGCGGAGAGGCGUGGCGCGAGGCGGACGUCGGACGUUUUUUGAUUCAAAGCUAGACGACCGCGAUUCAGUUAGGCGACGCCGUUGUAUUUUUCCCCCUGCGAGAACUCGACCAGGAGAUAAGACAGGGCAUCCCGGCCUCCCCCGAGACGCUCCGAGCGGAGGAAGCAGCGCCGUUCCCCCCCGUUCUCCGCGCUGCAUUCGCCUCCCGCCGCCGCCCGCACGCGACAUGGCGCCGCCCGCCUCGCCCGGCCCCGCCCCGCCCUCCUGGCUCCCACGUGACGCGACGCCGGCGCCGCCAUCUUGAGUGAGGGCAAUGAGGCCUCCUCCGUAACUUGAGUGCGGGGAUGCCAAGGAGAAGGAAGACCGCAGAGGGCCCUGACUCUCGAGGUCAGGAUGGAGAAGAAGAGGAGGAAGAGAAGGGGCGUGCAGCCAAUGCCAAGAAGAAACGCAGCUUUGUGGACGCGUUUAUUGUUAUAUCUGACAGCGAUGGAGAGCAGGAGUCAAAGGAAGACAGCGGAUUGCAAACGAAAAGAGCAAAACAGCAGCUGGAUAGAACGAAGUUUGCUGCUAAAAGAAAAAUUGCACAGAUGACUGAAGAGGAACAGUUUGCACUGGCCCUGAAAAUGAGUGAGCAAGAAGCCAGACAAGUGAACUGUCAGGAAGAGGAGGAAGAGGAACUCUUGAGGAAGGCCAUUGCUGAGAGCCUAAAUAGCUGUCAGCCCUUGGAUUCCUCCAGUGCAACCCCGCAGUUGUCUGUGGAAAUGCUGGACACACAAGGCCAAAGCCACCCCGCUGAGCAAGAGGGCUGUGGGAUCCUGGGAGGCCUGGCGCCUUGCCCUGACACCCCCUGCUCCAAGGGCAGCUCCCACUCACAGAGCAGCAAAGCUGAUGGGAGUGGACAGAUGGAUGUUGCCCGGAGCCCCCUGGUAGUGUUGAGGAGGUUAAGCCAGGAAAUCGUUGAAAGCUCACUAGUAUCCAGCAUAAUCGUGUCUCCGGGGAAGAACCAGCCUUUGACAAGGUCAAGUGAAAAGUCUUCCUCGCCACCUAAGAAUGAUUCUAGUAACGUGUUACCCAGCACCCUGAGAGAGGACCUCAUCUCCUUGAGUCCCACCUUUGGCAGGGUUCCUUCAGGUUCCUGGCAGCUGACACCUCGGAGACUGUUCACAGGCCCCUCUGGCUCUUCCAAAGCAGCAGACCACAAACCACAAGAGAAGCCCCUGCCCUGCUCUGGCCAUUCUGUGGGAGAAGCCAGUGCUGGGAGCUCAGCCCAGCUCUUGAAGAGCUGUACCACAGAGCAGAGUGGCAGCCCCAGGAUGAGUGGUUCAGGGACAGGUACUAAGCACACCCAAAAGUCCAGGCACGCUGCCAUGGUCUGUGUUACCACAGAGCAAGCAGAGCAGAAUGAGGUGUCCAACUCUUCUCCUGAGCUUUGCAUGCUGAAUGUGGCAGAGGAGAAGCACAAGGAGGAGGAGGUGAGAGACACGGUGCACUAUUACUGGGGAAUCCCAUUCUGCCCCAAAGGAGUGGACCCCAACCAGUACACCAGUGUCAUCUUGUGUCAGCUGGAGGUUUACCAGAAAAGCUUGAAGCAGGCUCAGAGGCGGCUAUUGCAUAAGAAGGAGUUUGGUAACCCAGUUGUGCCCAGUUCUUCCUUAAGCCAAAAUGAGCUCGGGAAAGGAGAGCAGAUAAGCAGAGAGAAUGGGGUUGCUGAGGACACAGAAGAUGGAGAUCCAGGCACUCAGAAGGAGUGUGAGAGCAUCACCUGGCUCCUCCCUUCAAAGAAGAGGGAGACAGAAAGUCCAGGGCACAAUGUGGAAGAAGAGAAGAACUCUACUUCUGAUGAUGAACCAACCACGAGCUACUGCCAGGCCUCCCAGGUGCUGUCCACAGAAGGUGUGCGUGGAGAUGAGGAGCCCAUGCAAACUGCACAGAGCAUCUGCAUGUUGACCCCGCUUGGCAGUAAGAGGAGCCCAGACAUUGCCAGGGAAAACUCUGCAGAAGAAGAGAUCUCUGUUUGCCCAGAGACCCAGCCGAGUCCAUCAGAAGGCAUUGAGCCAGAGAGAGAAGAGCUUCCCUCGGUCAGCAAAGAUGCACCCAUGCAGGCUGGUGGAGAUGGCAGUGCUGUAUCUGAGGGCAGUGACACGGCUGCUGACCACGUUCCAUGCCCACUGUGUGACCGAGGCUUCCCUGCUGCGGAGAUCGAGCUGCACGCCAUGUACUGCAAUGGCAUCGUGGGAGAGGAUGCUGCCACGGACAGCCCAGCCAGCUGAAGGGCUUACAUGUGUGAGAGGAUCUCCGCGGAGCUGCCGAGCCGUUGCCUGCUGCUGCCCUGCAUGAAGCUGCUGGUUUCCCUCUGGAUGUGAGCCUUGGCUGGUACUGAGCGCAUCAAACACACUGUUCCCAUCGUCCUCCACUGAUGCACCUUUCCCACGUGAGCCUGGGAAAAUGAGGAUUUGGUAUAUUCCUGCUUCCCCAAGCCCCAGUACAACCUGGUGCAGCUGUCAAUCUUCAGAGCAACAGCAGCAGCAGUGCUGGUGCAGUCAAAAACCUCAUGACAUUAAUAAAGUGGCACUGAUACAAAGAGCAAUGGAAUGGAUGCAGAGAAAAGCUUCACCUCUUCUUAAAGACAAGAUGCUGGCAAUCCUGCCACUGCUGGGUCCUGCACGUAAAGCACUGUGGCUGGUAGGGAGAGUAAGGGAAGGGGGCUGGUGUGUGUUGGCAGGCUGUCCUCACCAGCACUCCCAAGGAUGCAAACAGUGGGGGCCAGCCCUGCUGGCACCGCUGUCCCCAUUCUCUGCCCCACACUUGUGCUGUCAGCAUCGCAGCUGGGGGUCCACCCCGGGCAUCUGCAAGCUGGUCCCAGAGAUCUCUAAUGGGCCCAUUAUGCCAGAUGUGUUCACUGCUUUUGAAAGAAAAUAGAACUGAUUAACACCUGAGCUAGUGCACGAGGCUCCCGAAACGGUGCUAAAGGAAUAUUAACAAGUGCACGCUGCUUCAGAGAGCAGCUUUCAGCACGCUGUCAAAUGCAUGUCAGUGGGGCUGCAGGCAAGCUGGGUGGCUGGGGGCUAGCUGUGCCCAUCAGUCCUCCUCAUCAGGCUGCCACUUCGAAUCUGGGCCAGGCCAAGUCAAUGAGACGUCCGCCUGUGAGAAAUGAGCUGCUGGAAUCAGCCGUCGCCCAUGAGACAAUGCCCGCAGCCCAGGAAUGCUCUGGAAAGGAAAUUUUGCUAAAAUUCUGAAGGAUUCCCUUUGUGCUGUACAAAAUUUUGUGCCUUCCCAUCUUUAUCACAGCUGAUGAGCCAACAAUCACAGUUUUGCCUUGCCUGUAGCUUGGACUCUGGCUUCUCCGAUUGCACACAGUAUGGCAGGUGAUUUUUCUGGGCGGUGCAACAGCUCCACGUGUUGCUCCUGUGUCCCACGACAGCUGCUGUGGAGCUGGAGUCUCAGAUGUCCCUGGUGGAGCAAGCUAAGCUAUCUGAUGUGCUCCCUAAGGAUCUUUGCUGGUGGUGUGUCAACAGAGAUAUGCUGAGAGGAAGUCAGCUGAAAGAGACAACAUUUAGACGUGCUCCCUGCAGAUGCCCGGAGAGCAGGUUUGGAAGGGCUGCUCGGGCGUGUGAAAGGAGCAGAAACUGUCAGACCUGCUGUCAGCAUGCUGGUGGGGCUGGGCUCUCUGUGGCCACCCGCAUAUCCUUCGGGGUCCCUUCCAACUUGGGGCAUUCUGUGAUUCUCUGGUUCUUCCCUGCAGCCAUUGGAGAGCAGUGCCAGUGCGACUCUUCAUCCGGAGCUGUGUGCAGGCAGUAGUAAAGAUCUCCUCUGUUUUGCAUGGGAAAGGGGGCCUGAUGGCCUGCAGGGCUGAAUGUUGUAACCUUCCCUUCCAAGCAAGACUUCCUCCUCCUACCCAACCUGCAGGCUGGUGCCCCCACACUCCCUGCAGCAGGCAGGGGGUUUGCCUUGGCAGUGAGCAGUGCAGCCAUGCUGGAGCAGCGGUGCAUCUCUUCUCCUAGGCUGUUGUGCUGCUGUGUGUCAACUUUAAAAUGACUGUGAACUGUGUAUUGUUGGUUCAGCAGUUUCUAUCAGAGGACAGGUUGGAGUGUGACACGGCGUGCUGUCUUUCAAGGCCUGAAAGGUAACUUCUUACAUGUCCCUGUGAAAACUGUUCAGCUGCCCCUUGACUGGAAGGAAGACCCUGCCCAUCCCAGUCCGGUAGUUGUCUCGCUUUGCAUCACUCAACUGCAGCACUGAGUAAAAGAGAUUGAAAGGUGCUGUGUUUGGACAUCCUGCAGGGUGGCUGGGAAUGGAUGGCAGUAACCAUUUCUGUUUUGCUUCCAGUGCUCACUCGGGGCCGGAGAGAGUCACGAAGUAAAGCUGCAGGUGGUGAAAGCAGCCAGACGUCCUCAGGUUCUGACAA